AUGGAAGCCAGAAGGAGAUUCCCUUCGUCCAAGCCACCGCGGCCGGAGGAGGGCCUGCGGAACUGCCAUCCGGCGGCGGCUCCCGUUUCUGCAGUGAUCGCGAAGGAUCCGGCGCCGCCGCCGGCGGUGAAGGCCUCCGACGCACUCCCGCUCCCGAUCCGGCUCACCAACAAGUUCUUCUUCCCGCUGUUCUUCCUCGCGGCGUACUACCUGAUGACGCGGUGGCGGGAGAAGGUCCGGAUCGGGGCGCCCCUCCAUAUCCUCAACUUUCUGGAUAUGACGGCGAUUGUCGCGCUGGUUUCCUCGAUCCUGUAUCUGCUCAACUUCUUCGGCAUCGAGCUGAUCCAGCCGUUCCUCACCCCCCGCGGUGCGGAGGACGAUUUCAUCCCUGCCGACGCCCCGGAGGACUCCCAUUGCCCAUCAUUGUGCUCCGAGGCGGCGCCAACCCUCGCGCCGCCGCCGGCUCCGAAGAAGGCGGCCGCCCCUCUUCCUCCUCCCCCUGUCCCACAGGUCCUGACCGCUGACGACGAGGAGAUCGUGCUCGGCGUCCUGGAUGGCUCGAUCCCGUCGUACUCUCUCGAAUCGAAGCUGGGUGACUGCAGGCGUGCCGCCGGGGUUCGGAGGGAGGCCUUGAGGAGGAUGACGGGGAGGUCCCUGGAUGGUCUCCCCCUGGACGGCUUCGAUUAUGAUUCCAUCCUUGGGCAAUGCUGCGAGAUGCCGGUGGGAUACGUCACGCUACCUGUGGGAAUCGCUGGUCCGAUGCUACUAGACGGGAAGUUCUACCACGUUCCCAUGGCAACUACAGAGGGCUGCCUCGUGGCGAGCACCAACAGGGGGUUGAAGGCGAUUAGAGAUUCUGGAGGUGCGGAGAGCGUCAUCCUUCGGGACGGCAUGACCAGAGCCCCAGCGGUGAGAUUCGCCACCGCGAAGAGAGCGGCGGAGCUCCGGUUGUACCUGGAGGACGCCGUCAAUUUCGACACCCUUUCGGUGGUGUUCAGCAAGUGAGUCCCCUCUUCUCUGCUCCCCCUCCUCUUAUCGUUUCGAUUCCGGCACAAAAGCGUCUGUCGGUUUCCAUUUCCCCUAUUAUUUCCGAAUCCAUGCCUUGUGUUCCAUUUUCCCCUCCAAGAUCCGUGGACGAGCACAACCUCACAAUCUCCUUCGUCGACGCAUCUCCAGGUCCAGCAGAUUCGCCAGGCUCCAAGGGAUCCAGUGCGCAAUGGCGGGCAAGAACCUCUACAUGAGGUUCAGAUGCGCCACCGGCGAUGCGAUGGGCAUGAACAUGGUAUCCAAAGGCGUCCAGAACGUCUUGGACUUCCUUCAAAGCGACUUCCCCGACAUGGAGGUCAUCAGCAUUUCUGGUGAGUGUCCUUGUCCUUCUUCGUGCUCCUGGUCUCCGAUCACGCCUCUCAAUCCCCAUUUCUGGUGACAUUUCCCAAUUCCUUCAGCGUCUUUUGGAUCUAAAAACGCCAUCCUGGGCGUGAAGAACAGCAACACGUUUAGCCGUCGACGCAUCAACCCUCCUCCCUAGCAGCAUCAUCCAUGUUCAGAACUCGGUCUUCAUCCAUUUUGAAUUUUUUCAUCCGAAAGAACCCCAUGAAUAGGUUAGGCGGCAGCAACAGUUCAUCGAUGGCCCGCCUCCAAGUGCCCACUAUUAUAUCUGUCUUUUAGCUCAGAAUUACCUGUCAGGUCCUUAUUUUGAUAGCUUUUUGUCACUUUCGGAAGUGGGUCCAAAUCGCCACCUCGUGAUUUUCUCGCAGCGUAGAGUUCCCCGCUAAUGUAGUGCAGAAGCUCUGGUUGAGCUUCCGUUUUCGGUUCCCGACGAUCCGCGGAUUUUGCUUGACCACCCAAUUGAAUCCCCUCGUCCUAUUCUUCAGGCAAUUUCUGUUCCGACAAGAAGCCAGCUGCCGUGAACUGGAUCGAAGGGCGGGGGAAGUCAGUCGUCUGCGAAGCGAUCAUCAAGGAGGAAGUGGUCCUGAAGGUCCUUAAGACCACCGUCCCCGCCCUGGUGGAGCUGAACAUGCUCAAGAACCUCGCCGGCUCCGCCGUCGCCGGCGCCCUCGGCGGCUUCAACGCCCACGCCGCCAACAUCGUCUCCGCCGUCUUCAUCGCCACCGGCCAGGACCCCGCGCAGAACGUCGAGAGCUCCCACUGCAUCACCAUGAUGGAAGCCGUCAACGGCGGCAAGGACAUCCACGUCUCCGUCACCAUGCCCUCCAUCGAGGUAAACCCCUCCCUCUGUCUCUUUCUUCUGCACGCGCCAUGUCUGUCGUAAUGACGGACAGAAAGGGACGUGGGCAAUAAACGGCGGGUCGCUGUCAUUUUCCAGGUCGGCACGGUGGGCGGAGGCACUCAGCUCUCAGCGCAGGCGGCGCUGCUGGACCUGCUCGGCGUGAAGGGCGCCAACGCGGCGUCCCCCGGUGCCAACGCGCGGCUCCUGGCCACCGUCGUGGCUGGCGCCGUCCUCGGCGGGGAGCUCUCCCUCAUGUCGGCCCUCGCCUCCGGCCACCUCGUGAGGAGCCACAUGAAGUACAACAGGUCCAGCAAGGACGUCUCCAAGAUCUCUUCUUGA